AUGUCGCAACCUCCAGAUGUAGGCGCAUUGCGCUUGGACGACGACGUAGACCAAGAAUACGACGACAUCCCCUACGAGGACGAAGACGUUGANCUACGAUAUGGAUAUCGAUCUGGGCCCAACCCCUCCAAACCCAGCGCUCCUCGUCCAGAAACAUCAGAGUCGCGUGAGGCUGCUCUGCGCAAAGAGUUGGAAAGUGUGCGACAGAUCAACAAGGUCAUCGAGGAUGUCGUGACGAGUCUGGAGAAAGCAAAGGGCAAUAUGGAUAACGUCAACCGCACUGUGCAUUCGGCCUCGACCCUUCUCGAUACCUGGACGCGCAUCCUGUCGCAAACCGAACACAACCAACGCCUGCUCCUGAAUCCAAACUGGCAAGGCGCUACACAAGAUUUGCAAGACAUUGAGAACGAGUCAUUCGUGCGCCAACAACAAGCUGAAAGACGUGCUGCCGAAGAACAAGCCAGGCGAGAGGCUGCUGCAAGACGUGCUGAGGAAGAAGAGAGAAAGAAGGCCGCUCCGCCACCUGCAACCCGUGGCUCAAAACUCAGGGGUAGGGUCAGCACUGCUUCCAGUCGCUUGACCAGGCAGCCCUCGUCAGCCUCUGCUACCUCUACAUCAACUCCAGGAUAUGUCGGCGUCGGCGGCCAAGGUGGUCGAGGACGAGGCAUCUCAAGAGCUGGCAGUGGCAUCGGUAGAGCCUUCAACGUCAACCGAAGGCUCGACCAACAAGUCAACUGUUCUACCUACGACCUUCCUCUCGAGCAAUACUCGCAACUGCAACAGCAGCUGGUCGAACUGACCGUCUUCUGUCGUCGCUUGGCUCCGUACGUCGACCAUCGCAGAUCGCGCACUUUUCACGAGUUUGCUUCCUCGACAGAAUAUCCUGUCUCGUUCAUAGAAGAAGCUUGGCAUGUACGCUGCGCCUCAGCCGAAGACAUCACCUACACCAUAACCAAAAUCGGUUGGGACAGCAUCGAGGAAGCCAGAUAUCGUGCUGGAAUGGAAUGGCGAUUAGGCCGCACAAACAACCGACCGCAAUUCCUCAAUAUGAUGCCUGUCAGGCAGGUGGUCAUCGAUGAAACACUUGACCAGCUUACUGUCGCUACACCCAUGACCACAUUGUCGUCAUCCACACCAUCAUCGUCGUCCGCAUCAUUGUCGUCGUCGUCGUCGUCGUCGUCGUCGUCGUCGUCGCAAACAGAUACCACACUCUCAGACGACCUGGCAGCUUUGCCAGACAGGACCAGAAAGGACUCAAUAACAUAG